GAUGUUGGGCUAACGACAUAGCUAACAUGGUGGGUGUAGAAGUUCCUUUGGCACCCAUGAAGCACGCUUAUGUCGUGACUGAAAGGAUCCCUGGCAUAGAGAACAUGCCUAAUGUCAGAGAUCACGACGCUUCCGUGUACUUGAGACUGCAGGGUGAUGCUCUCUCUGUGGGUGGUUACGAAAGCAAUCCGGUCUUUCUUGAUAAGGUUGAGCGAGAGUUCUCCUUCGGGCUCUACGAGCUGGACUGGGAUAUUUUCAUGGCGCAUAUCGAAGGUGCCGUUAAUAGGGUGCCUGUGCUAGAGAACACUGGUAUCAAAUCAACUGUGUGCGGUCCAGAAUCUUUUACUCCAGACCACAAACCCGUAAUGGGUGAGGACCCGACAGUAGAAGGAUUCUUUCACUGCUGUGGUUUUAACAGUGCAGGCAUGAUGCUAGGAGGAGGAUGUGGGGACCAGAUUGCAAAGUGGGUUGUCCACGGUCGCCCCGAAAUUGAUAUGUUCGGUUACGACAUCAGGCGAUACCACACCCCUCUCAACGCCAACAAACCGUGGGUCUUGGAGCGCUCUCAUGAGUCAUAUGCUAAGAAUUACAGUAUCGUAUUUCCUCACGAUGAACCUCUUGCUGGUCGCAGUCAGAGGCGAUCCCCGCUUCACAAUGUGCUGGAGGACCUCGGCUGCGUAUUUCAGGAAAGGCAUGGCUGGGAACGCCCUGGCUGGUACAACACCGUCCCUGCCCCAACACAGCCGUAUGAUUGGUAUGGCUUCUAUGGCAACGACCUCAGCUCAGAUACAAGAUACAAGACAAUGCUAACUGCUGACUAUACUUUCGACUUUCCUCAUCAUCAUGAUCUAAUCCAGAAGGAGUGCCUGGCCUGCCGUAAUGCUGCCGCCAUCUUCGACAUGUCUUACUUUGGAAAGUUCUACCUGACAGGACCAGAUGCACAGAAAGCCGCCGAUUGGCUAUUCUCGGCAGACGUGGCAAGGGAUCCAGGUUCUACUGUUUACACCUGUAUGCUCAAUAACAGAGGAGGAAUUGAGGCUGACCUUACUGUGAGUGUGUGUGACAGCGGAGAGGGAUCACCUUGUGAUCCAAAUUUUGAAGGGCGUGGGUUCUACUUAGCAGCAGGAGGCGCAGCAGCCCUUCAAAAUCUGGCCCAUGUCACCAAAGAAAUAAGAUCUCAUAAGUGGAAUGUCCAGAUCCUGGACCACACAGAUGACAUGGCCAUGCUAUCCAUUCAAGGGCCCAACAGCAGGGCCAUUCUACAGCAGCUGAGUGACACAGACUUCAGUGAUGCAGCAUUCCCGUUUUCUUCACACAAAGUGAUCACAAUAGCUGGCCACAAGGCAAGGGCACUUAGGUUGUCCUUCGUUGGUGAAAUGGGUUGGGAGCUCCAUGUACCUAACAAGUCAGCAGUUGCAGUCUACAAGGCGGUGAUGGCGACUGGGGAGCCUCUUGGAUUAGUCAAUUCUGGCUAUCGAGCCAUUGACUCUCUAUCUUGUGAGAAGGGCUAUCGCCACUGGCAUGCUGAUGUACGGCCUGAUGACACACCCCUUGAGGCUGGCCUUGCAUUCACCUGCAAACUGAAGACAGAUACAAAUUUUCUUGGGCGUCAAGCCAUUGAGCGUCAGAAAGCAGAGGGCAUCAGGAAGAAGCUCGUGACUUUGACCCUGAAUGACCCAUCAAAGCCACUAUGGGGUCUUGAGGGGAUUUGGCGAAACAACGAAGUCCUAGGGUAUGUGAGACGCGCUGAGUAUGCCUUCUACCUUGGCCGUGCCAUAGCAUAUGGGUAUGUUGAGCGGCCAGAUGGGAAUCGGAUCACCAACGACUUCCUUGAAAGUGGCUCUUGGCAGGUCGAAGCCAUGGGAACUAUGCUUGAUGCUUCGCUUCAUGUUCGGUCGCCAUUUGAUCCCAAAAAUUUACGCGUGAAAGGACUAUAUAGUGAAGUCAGCUAAAUAGUUUUGAGUUUUCUACUGCUGGCUAAAGGCUGUUGAGUCCAAUAUAUAUUCAUGUAAGACGAGAAUUAUUCAUAUCUUUUGACCAUGACAGUUCCUGCCAUAUAUAAUGGCGCUUGAUUCUACUAAGACAUUCCUCGAACAUAUUUUCAUUUGUUAAGUAUUGGGUGUUUUUUAAUGGAUGAAGAUGUUUGAUAUAUAUGUUUUUAUCAUUAUCCAUAAUUUUCAUGCAUUUCGAUAUGGUCUAUUCCAGUCUACGAGUGCCAUUAUAGAUUUGUUCUUAGUCGUAGAAAAUAUUCUAGAUGCAUGAUUUUGUCUUAUGCUAAAUGCCAUUUUUUGUAUGUUCGGGAAGCACAAUAUAUAUCUAGAGGCAGUUAUUUAGGGAUCUUACUUGAAAGGAUGCCAAAUCAUUCUUUAUGGUAUGCGGUGAACUUAUUGUACGGAGUGCUAAGUAUUCAUUCAAUACAGACCAAUAAUGAUUUUGAAUACACGUUAAUAAAGAAUA